CAGUCGUCAAAACUCAAAGCGAUGUAGAGCAAAUAAUUUGUUAUUAAAUUUCUGUAGAUAAAUAUACGAUGAAUAAAAUUUACCAGUGGGAAGAACAGGAAAAACAUUCUGUUUUAAGCAUGAAGUUACGCUAUUAUGGAAGACGAUCAGAAGAAUGCGCCAGAAAAAAAAGAGUUUGAGCGUAUAACUGUGCCUGGUUGGGUGAAUUUCCUUAUCGGUGGUUCGGCAGGAAUGAUGUCAAUAUGCAUCGUCCAGCCUGCGGACCUCGUGAAAACCAGAAUGCAACUGAUCGGCAAGCAAGGGGGUAAGAAGGUCUCCACGUCAGAAGUCGUGAAGCAAAUCGCCAAGACUGAGGGGAUAUUUGGGUUCUACCAUGGCCUGUCAGCAGCGCUUUUUCGACAGGCCACGUAUACCACAGGCAGAAUGGGAUGCUUUAAUACUUUGUUUGAUUACCAUACAAGGUAUUAUGGCUCCCCUAUCUACCCAGUAAGAGUCGCAAUGGGCCUUAUAGCUGGGGGCGUGGGCGCGUUCAUCGGCACUCCAGCAGACGUGGCGCUGGUCAGGAUGACUGCAGACGGCAGACUACCACCUGAAAAGAGGAGGAACUAUAAAAACGUGUUUAAUGCUCUGGGCAGAAUAAUACGUGAGGAAGGUUUCAUAACACUGUGGAGUGGUGCGACGGCCACCAUCACCAGGGCCAUGGUUGUCAACGGAGUACAAUUAGCUACAUAUUCACAGGUUAGAGAGCUCCUUAUGCCGUUUCUACCGAACGGAAUGAGGUUGCACGUGUGUUCCUCAAUUAUAUCUGGGCUCGUGACUGCGACUGUUUCGCUGCCAGUCGACAUAAUCAAAACCAGAGUGCAGACCGCGGGAAAAGGUGCCAAUCAGUUCCAAGUGUUGGUCAACGUGAUUAAAAACGAAGGAGUGAUGACUCUCUGGAGCGGCUUCCUGCCAACAUACGCCAGGAUGGGCCCGCACACUAUCUUCACUUUCUUUUUCAUUGAGGAACUGAAGAAGCUGUACAACAGACUUGAAUGAAAUAAAGUAUCCGUUUUUUUCUAAAAGAACACUUUUGCUUCUAUGCUUACUUCCUAUGACAUCAUGCGACGGAAGACAAACGUAGAAGCGUAGGUGUACUAGUUGCACCUCUGCUUACCCUUUCGGGGAUAAAACGUGUGUAUAGAACUGUUUUGGUUUUCGUACGCUAUUUCUUUUUUUUUUAUUAACAACUUAAUGCAUUGAAAGUGUGAUAAAAAACAAUGAAGGUAUUCGAAGUGUAGGCAAUUGAAUCUCCUAAAAUGAAGGAUAAUAAAUGCAUUACUUGUGUAUUGUCUUAUGCAGGUGAUUAAUUCGAUAACAAUGUAAAGAGUUGUGAAAUAGAAAAAUGGUAACUGCAAUGUUUAUUGGAUCAACAUUCAAAAAUAUAUUUUUUACAGGCUAUUUCAUUACUGUAUCCUGUACGUUGUACAUUUUGAUUUUUGUAUUAAAAUAUGAAUUGAAGUUUGGAUAAAUAUUGAUUUG